UAAUUAGGUAUAAUUUUGAUUAAAAAAAAAUGAUUAAUUAGGAGCAUAUAACGUAGAACAGGAAUUUAUAGGUUGCAGAGAUCCAGUAAGUAAGAGCAUAUUGGUUUUGAAUUCUUUGCUAUUUUUUGCUCUUUAUGAUUCCUUAGCGAUGUGGGUUUUCUUUUAUUCUAUCGAAUCAUGAGCUGCCAUUGGAGCUGCACAGUUCUUGCUUUUCUUCUUCUUCAAUCUUCUUGCUAUGGACUGAAUUUUGAUGGGGUUCUCUUGCUUUCCUUCAAGUAUGGCGUUUUGGAUGACCCUCUUUUUGUUCUUCAGAACUGGAAUUACUCCGAUGAGACGCCCUGUUCAUGGCGGGGAGUUCAAUGCUCUGACGGUGGUGGUGGCGGCUCUAGAGUUACAGGUUUGUCUCUACCGAAUUCUCAGCUGAUGGGCUCUGUUUCUUCUGAUCUGGGUCUGAUUCAAAACCUUGAAUCGGUUGAUCUUUCUAAUAAUUCCUUUAAUGGGUCUCUUCCCCGGUCUCUGUUUAACGCUACCAUGCUCCGGUUUCUUGAUUUGUCGGAGAAUUUGAUCUCCGGUGAGGUUCCGGCGGCGGUGGGUGGACUUGGGAAUCUGCAAGUUCUUAACCUCUCUGGUAAUGCUUUGGUCGGGAAGUUUCCGGGUGAUCUUGCGGAUUUGGGUAAUCUUACGGUUGUGUCUUUGAAGAACAAUUACAUUUCCGGUGAAAUUCUCGGUGGGUUUAAGACGGUGGAGGUUUUGGAUCUGUCUUCUAAUUUGAUUGAUGGAGCUUUGCCGUCUGAUUUUGGUGGCGACAAUUUACGUUAUUUCAACAUCUCGUACAAUAAACUUUCCGGCAAAAUCCCGCCGGAUUUCGCUCAUAAUAUUCCGGCCAACGCCACUAUUGAUCUCUCCUUCAAUAACCUCACCGGAGAAGUCCCAGUUUCUGAUGUGUUCAUGAACCAAGAAGCAAAAUCCUUCACCGGAAAUCGCCAACUCUGCGGCGAGUUAACGACAACCCCAUGUUCAAUUCCUUCUUCGGCGGCGUCUCUCCCGCCGGCGAUCGCUGCCAUUCCACUAGACCGAAGUACUCCAGAAACGACAUCGCCGGAAAAACAGAGCGAAACUCGGUUCAAACCCUCAACAAUCGUCGCCAUUGUACUGGGAGAUAUUGUCGGAUUGGCAAUUCUGUUCCUCCUGUUCUUCUACGUCUAUCACUUGAAGAAAAAAAACAAAUCCGUCGAAACCCAUUUGAAAAACGAAGCCAAUUUGGCCAAAGAGAGCUUCUCCACAUCCUCAUCGGAAUCCAGAGGAGUUUCCCGAUGGUCCUGUUUAAGAAAAACAGAGGACCCAGAAGAGGGAAAUUCCGAUCAGGCGAGUGCCGUGUCAAUCCCCGGCCACCGUGAGACGGCAGAGGAGGGAGGAGACGGGAACAGAAAGGGGACUUUGGUGACGGUAAACGGCGGAGAGAAGGAGCUUGAACUGGAGGCGCUGCUGAAAGCAUCAGCGUACAUCCUGGGCGCCACCGGAUCAAGCAUAACAUACAAAGCAGUGCUGGAAAACGGGACGGCGUUUGCCGUGAGAAGAAUCGGAGAUGGCGGCGUGGAAAAAUUCAAAGAUUUCGAGAAUCAAAUUCGUGUCGUAGCUAAAUUGGUUCAUCCAAAUUUGGUUCGUGUUCGUGGGUUCUAUUGGGGCGUCGAUGAAAAGCUCAUAAUUUAUGAUUUUGUUCCUAAUGGAAGCCUUGCCAAUGCUCGUUACAGGAAAGUGGGUUCGUCGCCUUGUCAUCUUCCAUGGGAGCCUCGAUUGAGAAUAGCCAAAGGAGUAGCUCGUGGCCUUUCUUAUCUCCAUGACAAGAAGCAUGUCCAUGGCAACUUGAGGCCCACCAACAUUCUUUUGGGUUUCGAUAUGGAGCCCAAGAUCGGCGAUUUCGGUCUCGACAAGCUCUUCUUGGGUGACUCGAGUUACAAGCCUGGUGGCUCAACUCGAAAUUUUGGGAGUAAACGGUCUACCGCAUCUCGAGAUAGCUUCCAAGAUUUCGUCACUGGACCAAGUCCAAGCUCGAUUAAUGGAGUGUCGCCGUACUUGCCACCAGAGUCACUUCGGAGCUUGAAGCCCAAUUCAAAAUGGGAUGUGUACUCUUUUGGAGUGAUAUUGCUCGAGCUAUUGACAGGGAAGAUCAUCGUGUUGGAUGAGUUGAGCCAGGUACUUGGACUUGCAAUUGAAGAUAAGAGUCGAGCCCUAAAAAUGACUGACAUGGCGAUUCGAGGUGAGAUGGAGGGGAAAGAAGAAGCUUUGUUGUCUUGCUUUAAAUUAGGAUAUAGUUGUGCAUCACCUAACCCACAAAAGAGACCAUCCAUGAAGGAAUGCUUGCAAGUUUUGGAGAAAUUUCCAACCAUAUCCACUUCAUCACACUAUUAUGGUCUCUAAGGGGGAAAGUGCAAAUAAUAUAGAGGUGUUUGGAUUAUUAACUAACAGUCCAAUGUGUUUGUAAUUGAGCGUGUGUGAUUGAUGCAUGAAAAGAUUGCAUUUGUUGUGUUCUAAACUUAUGAUCCACUAAUUUUUUUUAGUUAAAUUUUAUAAAAAA